GUCACGUGUUAGUGCGCGAGCGGUGUCCGUAGGGGUAGCUUCCUGUCACCGCUGCCGCCGCCGCCGCCACCGCCCGGUGGCCACGGGAGCCCCGGGCGGUGCUGGGCGGAGAAGGCCUGGGUUGGUUUCGGAUUCGCUGCGAGACAGGUAUCUGGGCAGCCAAGAUGCCAGGGCCAAGACCUCGGAAGGGCCCUCAGGCCAGUGGUCAGGGUGUGGCAGCUGCCAAACAGCUGGGACUCUUUGUGGAGUUCAGCCCUGAGGACAUGCUGUUGGGGAUGGAGGAGACUGAAGAUGAUGGGGACCUGGAGGCCGAGCUACUGGCCCUCACUGGAGAAGCAGAGACCACAGGCAGGAAGCCAGCACCCAAGAAGCAGGGUAAGGCGCCCUUGCCUAUGGCCCACAUCGAGAAGCUGGCGGAGGACUGUAUGCGGGAUGUGGAGGAGGAGGAGGAGGAAGAAGGGCUGGAGGAUGAUACAGACUUGCUGGCUGAGCUGCAGGAGGUCCUGGGUGCAGAUGAGGAAGCUGGGUCCCCGUAUGAUGAUGAGACAGCUGUCCUGGGCAGCUCUGAGGAGGACAAGGGGCAGGAAAACACUGAACCUCCAGUGCAGACAGCUCUACUAACAGCUUCAGUCCCGGUGGCUCAGGCUGGAGGGCCUCGGGGGCUGCAGGCUCUGCUGGAGGAGCGGAUCCACAAUUACCAGGAAGCUGCGGCCAGCGCCAAAGAGGCAGGUGAAGCAGCCAAAGCCAGGCGUUGUGAACGUGGCCUAAAGACUCUAGAGUCCCAGCUGGCUGCUGUGAGGAAAGGCAGGAAGAUCAGUGAGGAUGAGAUACCGCCUCCAGUGGCCUUGGGCAAGAAGCCCCCGGCCCCCCAGGAGACAGCCAACAGGAGCCCUGUGGCAGACCUCUCUGCCCCCGCCACCCUGCUGCCAGACAACCCUUCUCAGCCUGAGACAAGCCUCUCGGGCAGCCCCGCCCCGCCCAGUUCAGACCCAGACCCUGGCCCACAGGCCCUGUUGGCGGCACGACAGAGGGAGUACAAAGUGGCUGCCCUGAAUGCCAAGCGGGCUGGAGACCUAGACCGUGCCCGAGAGCUCAUGAGGAUUGGGAAGAGAUUUGGUGCUGUGCUGGAGGCCCUGGAGAAGGGGCAGCCUGUGGACCUGAGUGCCAUGCCCCCAGCACCUGAGGACCUCCCAAAGGCUUCCAAGGCCCUCACAGCACCCUCAGUCGUACCCCCAGCUGUGGAGCAAGUGCACCCAGUGAUGGCCCCUGACACCCCAGCAACCCCAGUGGCCCACACUGAGCCACAAACAGUGCUGGAUGCCCUGCAGCAGAGGCUGAACAAGUACCGUGAGGCAGGCACCCAGGCCCGCAGCAGUGGGGAUGAGCGAAAGGCCCGGAUGCACGAGCGUAUUGCCAAGCAAUACCAAGAUGCCAUUCGAGCGCAUCGAGCAGGACGCAAGGUUGAUUUUGCCGAGUUGCCUGUUCCUCCAGGAUUCCCUCCCAUCCCUGGUGUGGAGCCCACUACAGGCACUGAAGAGGAUGCAGUAGCAGCCACUUUAGCUGCUGCUCAGAAACUAGCCUCCUCCGAGGAUAUAGCUCCAGCCAAGGAAGAUGGGGAUGAGGAUGAGGAUGAGCCUCCAGCCCAGGCCCCAGUAUCCAAGAAGCCUCUGGUCCCUUCAUCCCGCUCCCUGCCUGAGCCCAAGGCCUCAAGUUCUAAGGAGUCACUGAGCCCCUCUGUACGGGAGCAGCUGGCACUGCUGGAGGCCCGCAAACUGCAGUACCAGCGGGCAGCCCUGCAGGCCAAGCGUGGCCGGGACCUGGAACAAGCCAAAGCUCAUCUGCGGCUGGCCAAAUGCCUUGAGGCUCAGAUUAUCCAGGUCCGAGCCGGCCGACCGCUGGACCUCUCCAAGGUACCUUCACCCUUGACGGAUGAAGAGGGUGACUUCAUCCUCAUUCACCAUGAAGACCUGCGCCUCUCCCAGAAGGCUGAGGAGGUGUACGCCCAGCUACAAAAAAUGCUCCUAGAGCAACAUGAGAAGUGCCUGCUGUUCUCCAAGCAGUUCAUGCACCAGGGCAAUGUGGCUGAGACGACUCGGUUUGAGAAGCUUGCUCAGGACCGCAAGCAGCAGCUUGAGAUCCUGCAUCUGGCCCAGGCCCAGGGCCUUGAUCCUCCUAGCCACCACUUCGAGUUGAAGACAUUCCAGACUGUGAGGAUCUUCUCAGAACUCAACAGCACAGAGAUGCAUCUGAUCAUUGUCCGGGGAAUGAACCUCCCAGCCCCUCCAGGGGUGACGCCUGAUGACUUGGAUGCGUUUGUGCGGUUUGAGUUUCACUACCCUAACUCGGACCAGGCUCAGAAAAGCAAAACAGCUGUGGUGAAGAACACAAACUCUCCAGAAUUUGAUCAGCUCUUCAAACUAAACAUCAACCGAAACCACCGGGGCUUCAGGAGGGUGAUCCAGAGCAAAGGAAUCAAGUUUGAAAUCUUCCACAAAGGAUCCUUCUUCAGAAGUGACAAGCUGGUUGGCACAGCCCACCUGAAACUGGAGCGGCUGGAGAAUGAGUGUGAGAUCAGAGAGAUUUUGGAGGUCCUGGAUGGAAGGAAGCCCACUGGGGGCAAGCUGGAGGUGAGGGUGAGGCUGCGGGAGCCUCUGAGUGGCCAGGACAUGCAGACGGUCACCGAGAACUGGUUGGUCCUGGAGCCCAGGGGCCUGUGAGAAUAUAAAAGAUGAGUUCCAUGACGAUGGGGCCCUCACUGAGCUGGCAGGCCCCUCCAUGGAUCACCGGCACCAGAGCGCUGUCCAGGUCGUUCAUGUACUGCGAGGGAAGGGGCUGGCCAUUGCUCCCUGCUUGGUAGCCAACCUACACCGCAGAGAGAAGGGGAUGACAGGUUACUGGAUAGAGAAGGUCUCUUCAGAGGGCUGAGGGCCAAGGAGGCUGAGCAGGAAAGGAGAUGUCCUUCCUGGACAUGGGCCAGACACACAGCAGUUAACACCAAUUUCUCCUCCUUUUCCCUGAAUUGUCAUUUAUCAUCCUGACCCCUAACACUUGGUGGUCAUGAGAACUUGGGCAAGACACUUAACCUAAUCCUGUUAGAGUCUUAGUUUCCUGAGAUGGGGUUGGGGUGAUAUAGGGAGAUAUGGAAAGUUGGAAAUAUUACCUAAAUCUAUGGUUGUGACAAUGAAAAUGGGAAAUACACUAGAUAUUGUAAUCUGCUGUGUAUAAUGCACACUUUUGCCCAAAUUUCUGAGGUAAAAAUAAGGAUGCACAUUAUACACGGGUAUAAUAAUCACAUACCGUGGGUAUAGUAAUCCCAUGUAUAAUGUGCACAAAAACGUGGGUGUGCGUUAUAUACAGGAAAAUACGGUAACUCCCUAACAUAGCAGGAACUGAGCACUUAUUCUGCCAAUCAUCUGUCCACACACCGUUUUGAGCACUUACAAACCCAGAAAUUCAAAGAUUAAUGGAACAGGGCCCCUGCCCUCAAGAGUUCCACUCAUUAGCAGAAAACUCUUGUUUUUUAAUUGUUUCACAUGAGUUCUGUCUUUCCAACCAGAUUACUAGUUCCGUGUGACAAAGGACCAUGAUCCUGCACGUGUAUUACCCUGAGGUGCUUAGUACAGCACUGGGAAAGGCCUUACAUAGAAAACAUGUACUUGUUGACUGAUGACUAGUCAGGAAUGGAGCCAGAUCCAUAACCUUUCACAUUCUCCCUGAGAAUGAUGCAGCUUUGCGUCAAAGCAGGUGCACUGGGACAUGUCACAGGGAUCCAGAAUCCAAGAUGUACGGGCGCAGCUUGUUCUAUUCCACUUUGCUUUGCUGUGCUUUAUGGAUAUUGAGUUCUUCACAAACCAAAGGACUGUGGCAACCUUGCACUGAGCAAGUCUAUCAGACACCGCUUUUCCAGCAUUGGUUCACUGUGUUUCUGUGUCAUGUUCUGGUAACUCUAGAAGUAUAUCAAACUUUUUUAUUAUUGUUACAUUUGUUAUGGUGAUCUCCAAUCAGUGAUCUUUGAUGUUACUAUGGUAAAUGUUUUGAGGUGCCACUAACUGCGCGCACAUACAAGAUGGUGAACUCAAUCAAUAAAUGUGUGUGUUCUGACUGCUA